AUGGAUAUGUUUACAAUUCUUUCGGCGUCAGGAGAUCCGGUUGUGAUUCCGCGGGACCCCGCAAUCAUCUGUCAAUCUGCGUGGCUGCAAGCAGCACUCGACAUUGGGGAAGAAGAGGGAGUUGUGCCUAUAGCUAGCACACAGACACUACAGUGCCUGGUGUCCUAUAUGAAACACCAUGCAGCACACUCCGAAGAUGACGAACAGGAUAUCGAGCUUCCAGUUUCAUGCACGUGUACGAGCAGUCCUGCCGGGUUGGGAUAUGAUGUACACGUAAUACUUCCGCCUAGUGACAUUGCCUUUUUGGAUGAUUGCGUUGGCAGGAAAAAUUCAUGGCCUUUGGAGGCGCAAGAGUUGUUUUUAGAGCUAUUAGUAGCUGCUGACUUUGUGGGACACAGUCGCCUAAUGAGGGUAUGUGCAGCGUACUUUGCCUGCCGACUCAUGUCCGCUACGGAGUCCGACAUUUUGAGGUGGUUUGCGAUGCAGGCGCCACACGACGGGAGGGAGAAUGGCGUGGGAUUACCCGAUGAAAAGAAGGAUGGCCUCCUCCUGUUGCUUUCUGACGAAGACCGACUUUAUUUUUUGAGGGAGAUGAGAAAAGUCCUGAAUAUCGAGGAGUGA